GCAUGCUGACCUUCGGAGCCAGCGGGGCAAACAGGGCAGAUGAAUGGGAGGUUGCGCAAGUCAGCCACAAGAUGACGUUGCAACGCCGAAGGGGCCAAAGCGCUACGACGUCUUUAUUUCGCAUCAUUCAUCUGGCCUAGAUGAUGGCGAGGAACAGUUUGAUGAAUUCUCGCAGCAGUUUGCCUCCUGGAUCGCGGAGAUGUGUGAUUCUCUGAACUUGACUACGCGCUUUGACCCCACAAACCUUUCCCGAAUCUUGGACGAGCGAAAACUGAAGAGUGACGUUGUGGGCUCUCGCGUCUUGGUUGGCAUUGUCAACCGGUCAGCCCUUUUGGACCCCAACGGGAUGCACCAGGAGCUUCAGUGGGCUGAUGCAGCAAACAUACCAAUUGUUCCUUUCUACAACGGGGACCAUCACCCGCCAGAAGAGUACAGCAGCUGGAGAGAUGAAUUUCGCUUUCUGAAAAGAGCUCCAGUGGCCUACUACCGCAAAACCCACCUGCGUGUGAAGGACAGCCUUAUCGUUUGUUUGCAGGAGGCACUUCAGGACUCGUACAAGGCAUCCGGGAUUCAUAUGCCACCAGCUCUUUCAGAUUUACUUGAUAGACAAGCAGACCGCGCUCAACAGCGCCAAAGAAAAGCCAUGCGUGCAGCAACGUUGCCGGCAAGCAUGAGUAGCAAGGGCACGGGCAAGGGUGGCAAAGCAGCACUGUCGGAGCACAGCCCUGACGACUCCCCAGACAAGAGGUUCCGGUUUCGAGAUGAGGAUGUGGACGACGAGCGCAACACAGGCGGUGUGGGCAGACUGCUGAAGACAUUAAAAGACCCGAUGGGGUGGAAAGAUCAGGAGAUGAGGACCGCCUUGCUCCAGGAUGAGCAUGAAGCAGAUGAUGAAGAAGGGCGGCACGUGCCUCUACAUCACAGUAUUAAGCCCACGGGUGGCAUUCUCAAGGGCGGACCUGUGGACUUGACGCCUGCGAGAGUUUCAGCAGCUGCCCAAAUGACCAUGGAUCCCAAGAUGCAGCAAGGUGUGGUGCGGGUCAAGGAGUACUUGAAUGGUGUGAGCAAGGACGACGUUAGCCAGCUGCCCACCAUCCUGAAGAUCCUUCAGUUGAUGCAGCCCAAUUCGGAGGUUGCAACCCAUGCCUUGGUCAUGAUCUUUGAGUUUACCCGCGACGCGGCAAAGGGUCGACAGAUUGUGGCCCAGAAUGGUGGCAUCAAGGAAAUUGUCAAUGCUAUGGCGGCGCAUGCUGACAGCAUGACCUUGCAAAUGCAUGGAUGUGGCUGCCUGUAUGCACUCUCCUGCUUUCGAGCUGGGAGUCUGGAUAAGGACAACAACUCUGUGGAUAUCGCUCAUGUGGGUGGGAUCGGCAGGCUUCUGUUUGCCAUGGACUCCUUCCCACAGUGCCCUGAGAUACAGCAGUGGGGAACCGGAGCGCUGCGUCAUUUGGCUAUAGAAAUCGGCGACAAUCGUCGGGAAGUCAGACAAGACGGAGAGAUCCAGCUGACAAUGCGAGGCAUCAACAGGCGCAUGAUCACGAAGUCUGGCGGCAUUGAACUGAUGGUGAAGAGCAUGGUCAGCUUUCCCCAUGAUUUGGAGAUUCAAGAAAAUGGCUGUGCUGCCCUAUGCAAUCUCAUGGCCAACCGCCAUGACACCAAAGUGAGGGCUGCACGUGCAGGUUGCAUUCGGGCUGUGAUUUCUUCAAUGCGGAACUUUCCCUUCGAACCGGAGCUUGUUCAGAUGGCGUGCGCGGUGCUGCGCAGUUUGGCCUUGGGCGUGCCUGAGAACAAGGUGUCCAUUGUGGCGCAGGAUGGGGUCCGUCAGUUGUGUGAGGCAAUGGCAAGACAUCGGACAGACGCGGAUGUCAACAUGCAAGCCAUAGCGGCUUUGUGCAAUCUGACCUCCCACUUCUCAGAGAACAAGCGAGCGAUUUGUGAGGGUGGAGGGCUGGAGAUGGCGGUUGCUGCGCUGCUGUUGCACCCGCAGAGCCAGGAGUUGCAACAACAAGGCUGCGGUUUGCUGCACAACUUGGCGUGCGAGUCCUCGCUGCGGCCUUUGGUGCUUGCAGCCGGGGCUCUCCAGGUAGCAGAAGCGGCUUUGCACCAUCCAUCAAGAUCUGUGCAAUCGCUUGCGCAAAUGUUACAACGACAGCUGCAUACUGGGCAAGAUCGCGAAAACACCAAAGUUGAAGCCACUGGUCCAAAACCAUCAAAGCCUCAGCCCAAAGCGGGGGGUGUAGAGGAGCUCUUCGCACCCAGGACCCAAGGUGUGCGAGUUGCAAGGAGCAGAGCGCUGACACGCCCGCAACGCAAAGUGAUGGCAGAUGUGAUGGCAUCUAUGCGGAGCAAUCCGCGGGAAUGGCUUCCAAGAGAUGGGGCCAGCGCUUCGGGUGAAGAUGGUCGGGAAUCUGAAGUCUCAAGUGCGAGCGGCCGAAGUGGCCGCGGAAAGUGGGACAUCAAGGAGCAGAAGCGUGCGGCUGCUUAUGGCAUCGCCGACUUGGAAGGCGUAUCAGAUGGCUCCCAUGUUUCAGGCGACGAGUCAGGCUUUGGCACCGCCUUUGCGUUUGUUGUGAGGCGAGGGCUGGCUAAAGGCCAGGGCGAAGGACAUGAUGAUGCGACCCAGGAUACCCGGGCAUCGCGGUCGAAUUCUUUCCAGAUGCAGCUUGAGCUAGAUGACGAAGUGCCCAUGUAUGGCGCCAACAUUCUACCUUUGACGGCGAGGAAUCUCAAAGCCCAAGAGAGAAUUGCAAGUGAGGCGAGUGAGGCAGCACCCUCCUGGAGUCAGAAGAGUGGUGCCAUGCCCGUUCCAGCCUUGGAUGCUCAAAGUGGCAUAGACAUAGGAACCAAGGAUCCCGUCAAGGACUUCGACGCAGUUUCUGCAAGUAGUGGUGCAAGCGAGGGAGGCUGGAUCGAUGAUUUGGAGGACCCACGCCUGGAAAAGAGAUCCAAACGGCAGCGGAGAGCGGCAACUGCAGCCCCCAGCUCCGGAAUAGUGGACGAGAUUUUUGGGGAGGUUGAGCUGGAGCAGAGGCCACAGGAAAAGAGGCAGCGGCCUUUGCAAAGAAAAUCCUCGGAGUUCGCGAGGGCCUUGCGAAAGUGCGGGGAGGUUGCGCCAGAGCGAUUCGAUGAGUCGUGGGAGCAAGCCUUGUCAGCUCGCGUGCUUGGCGGGCGCAGCUCCUCGUCAUUGCUGAAUGACUUGGAUGGACUCACGAGGAUUGGCCGAGUGUCCUCUAACCUUCGGCAGCGUUUGGGAGCAAAGUCUUCAAAAUCAGAUCAAAAGGCGGAGGUGAAGGAAGACCUUGAAGAGGAAACCGAUGGCCCUGUCCACAGUGAGCCACGUGAUGGAUUGGGUCAGGCGGAAGUGGCCCUCCUCGAUGCACUGCACCUCUCCAAGAAGAAAACCAUCGAGAACUCUGGAGCGUCAGCAGACGCAGAAGGAAGUGGCUCAAGAGUGCGAAGCCGUGGCAAGCGCUGCAUUUGAGUCUUCAUGAUUCUGAUGUUUUUUCUUCUUGGGCUUGUGUCAUGGCCCAGGGUUGCGAAGCGCAUUCGAAGUCCUCAGGUGAGGCUCUGCGACUUGAAGCCCUCAGCCGGCAGCUGGAGCAGAAGAGGGCGCAACAGCGUCGAGUUCACCUGUUGUGAAGGUCUGACAAAUUCAUCCUUCAGCGGCAGUUGCUUUGGCUCUUUGAGGAUGAUGGAGUGCCUUCAUGGACUGCCACCACCCCUUCAAGCAUGCAAAGCUGCACAGACGGAGUUGGAGCUGGAGCGCUUUACUCGCUUCAGGUGUCUGCAAGGCAGUCACAUCAGCAUGGGGAUUGCUUGCUGCAAGCGCGCUGCAAAUUCAUAGCAGGCUCUUUUGCUGGCAAAAGCAAGCCACUAGAUGGACAAGCUCUGCUGAAUUCUGCUGGAAUGAAUGCUCGAACUGAAGGCUGGUGAUGGUGACUGACAGCCUGGGACCAUUCGCAAGGAGGAGUGCAGACGAAGCACACCUACCGAUUGGCUCGAAACGUGCUUUUGCCAAGUGACAUGUUGGCUCAUUGGAUGGAUGGGUUGUGCUGUGUCGCCCUCAAAGGAG